AUAUAGCUUCCCCUUCUCGCGUUGCGACUCGGCUGUCAAACUCGAUUCUGCCCCUUCCCUCUCCUCGUCUGGCUAGUUUAAGCCUCCACUGACGAGCUCCUUCCCCCGCCAUGGCGUCAGACCCGACCAGCAUCGCUGUUAGCGAUGAUGUUCACGCCAUUGUUCAGGACAAGGAGGCCAAGUUAGCCCCCGUCCCGUCCGCCCACGAUGAGGACCAACUGGGCAUCAGCGCUACCACUGCUGAUGGCGGAUCCCCGACCGAGGAGGAGCUGCACACGCUGCGCCGAGUGCCUGACAAGAUCCCGUGGAGCAUCUACACCAUCGCCUUUAUCGAGCUAUGCGAGCGUUUCUCGUAUUACGGUACCACGGCUGUCUUCACCAACUUCAUCCAGCAGCAAAUGCCCCCCAACUCGACGACUGGCGCCAGUUAUGACAUCGAUAAUGGGCAGGCUGGUGCCCUCGGGCUCGGCCAGCGGACCGCCUUCGCCCUGACCACCUUCAACUCGUUCUGGCAGUACACCAUGCCUCUAUUCGGUGCGUGGAUUGCCGACAGCUUCCUGGGCCGCUUCCGGACCAUCGGCGCUGCCCUCAUGAUCGACAUCUUUGGCCAUCUUAUUCUCAUCGUCGCCGGUCUCCCGCCUGUCAUCAAGAACCCCAACGGCUCCCUCGGUGCCUUGGUCGUCGGUAUCGUCUUCAUGGGCAUCGGUACUGGAGGUUUCAAGCCCAACGUCAACCCCCUCAUUGUCGAACAGCUCGACCUCGAGAGAAUGAUCGUCAGGACACUUCCGAGCGGCGAGCGCGUCGUCGUCGAUCCCGCGGCGACAGCUUCGCGCGUAUACCACUACUUCUACCUGUUCAUCAACGUUGGUGCCCUGUGCGGUCAGCUCGCCAUGGUGUACUGCGAGCACUACGUCGGCUUCUGGCUGUCCUUCACCCUCCCUACCAUCCUGCUCUGCUUCUGCCCUCUCGUCAUGCUGUGGGGCCGCCGCCGUUACAAGCGCGUCCCGCCCCAGGGCUCCGUCCUCGGCCGGUCCUUCAAGCUGUUCUUGCUCGCCAACAAGGGCCGCUGGUCCAUCAACCCCCGCAAGACGUACCGGCAGCUGCAUGACGGCACCUUUUGGGAGAACGUCAAGCCGUCCAAGUUUGACGCGGCCUCGAAGCCCAAGUGGAUGGACUUUGACGAUGCUUGGGUUGACGAGGUCCACCGUGGUUUCAACGCCUGCGCUGUCUUCUUGUGGUACCCCCUUUUCUGGCUCUGCUACAACCAGAUCAACAACAACCUCGUCUCGCAGGCUGCCACCAUGCAAGUCGGCGGUGUCCCCAACGAUGUUAUGAACAACCUGAACCCCUUCGCCCUGAUCAUCUUGAUUCCGCUCCUCGACACUAUCGUCUACCCGACGCUGCGCAAGUUGCGCCUUAACCCUACCCCUCUCAAGCGUAUUGCCGUCGGUUACUUCGUCGCGGCCAGCGCCAUGAUCUGGGCUUGCAUCAUCCAGUAUUACAUUUACCAGAGGAACGAGUGCGGCAACUACGCCAACGGCAAGGUGCCCGGCACCGACGUCGACUGCGCGCGCUCCGAGCUCAGCAUGUGGGCCCAGACGGGCUCGUACGUCCUCAUCGCCUUUUCCGAGAUCAUGGCGUCCAUCACCAGCCUGGAGUAUGCCCACUCCAAGGCGCCCGCCAACAUGCGCUCCAUGGUGCAGUCGGUCGCCCUGUUCAUGAACGCCAUCUCUUCGGCCAUCGGCUUCGCCCUCACCCCGCUCGCCGACGACCCGCUCCUCGUCUGGAACUACGCCGUCGUCGCCAUCCUCGCCGUCUUCGGUGGCACCAUGUUCUGGAUCCAGUUCCGCCACCUCGACAAGCAGGAGGAUCAGCUCAACAUGCUGCCCAAGGGCGCCAUCGGCGACAAGGUGUCGAAUGCCAAGUUCGAGGAGGACGAGAAGUCCGAGGUCAGGGUUUGAGCUGUGUGAU